AUGGAGGAAAAGGAGCAGUUACGGCGGCAGAUCCGCCUCCUGCAGGGUCUCAUUGAUGACUACAAACACCUCCAUGGCAAUGCUCCUGCCCCGGGCACCUCAGCUGCUUCCCGGUGGCAGCCGCCCCCUUACCACAGCGGCAGGACCUUCAGUGUCCGCUACCCCCGUCCAAGCCGGAGGGGCUUCUCCUCACACCAGGGGCCUGCAUGGCGCAAGAAAUACUCUCUCGUGAAUCGGCCCCCGGGGUCCUCAGACCCACCUGGCGACCAUGCUGUGCAACUCCCCAAUGGGGCUGGGAGCAGCCAGAGUCCAGACACCCAGCAGUAUGUUCUUGAGAGACAGGUCCAGCUCAAUCCAGAUCAGAACAUGGUCAUCAAAAUUAAACCACCACCCAAGUCUGGCUCUGCCAGUGCUUCAGGGGCCCAGCGGAGUUCUUUGGAAGAAUAUGAGGACAACCCUUGGAAUGGCCAAAGACCGCAAGAAGGUGAGGGUGAUCCCCCUGUCAGGCAGCUACAGCCCUCAAGGCCAGGAAGAGCCAGGGGUAACUGCAGUGCAGAGGACCCCCUUCUGGUCUGCCAGAAGGAGCCUGGCAAGCCCAGGGUGGUGAAGUCUGUGGGCAGUGCGGGUGACAGCUCCCUGGAACCCCGCCGGACGGUCAGUGAGAGUGCAAUUGCUGUCAAGAAGUGCUUCCCGUCCUCUGUCCUGCCCCCGCGCUCCAGCAUGGCCCUGGGCCGGAAGGUGGGCCCUCAUUCUGCGGCCAGCUGUGCUGCACAGCUCCUUGGGGAGGGGAGAGUGAAUGCCGGCCACCCAGACCAGCCAGCUCCCUCUGGCUCAGUGGUAAGCCCAGCCAGACCUGCCUCAGGACCCAGGCAGGCCCGGGAGUCCUCACUGCUUGUGUCCUGUAGAACCAACAAGUUCCGGAAAAACAACUACAAAUGGGUGGCUGCCUCAGCAAAGAGCCCUCGGGGUGCUCGGAGGGCCCUCAGCCCCAGAGCAGCUGCAGAGAACGUGUGCGGGGACCCCUUUGGCACAGCAGACAAGAUGGAGAAGCCACAGCUUAGAGCUGACCCAGAGGCCAAGCCCAGGAAGCCGGCCACGUCCUCCAAGCCGGGGCCAGCCCCCAGCAAGUACAAGUGGAAGGCCUCCAGUCCCUCAGCCUCCUCCUCUUCCUCUUUCCGUUGGCAGUCAGAGGCUGGUAGCAAGGACCAUGCCUCCCAGCUCUCCCCAGUCCCCUCUAGGUCCCCGCCAGGGGACAGACCAGCAGUGGGAUCUAGCAGCUUGAAACCUCUCUUUGGUGAGAGCUCACUCUCAGCUUACAAAGUGAGGAGCCGCACCAAGAUCAUCCGGAGGCGGGGAAGUACCAGCCUUCCUGGGGAUAAAAAGAGCAGCCCCUCACCUGCCACCACUGCCAAGAGCCACCUUACCCUCCGGCGGAGACAGGCCCUCCGGGCGAAGAGCAGCCCUGUUCUGAAGAAGACCCCUACCAAGGGCCUGGUGCAGGUCACCAGGCACCGGCUAUGCCACCUGCCACCAAGCCGGGCCCACCUCCCUACCAAGGAAGCGUCCAGCCUAUAUACCCUGCGGACUCCACCCACCGGCAAAGUGAUCAAGACCCGCUAUCGCAUUGUCAAGAAGACCCCGGCUUCUCUCAGCACCCCACCCUUCCCCCUGUCUCUGCCCUCCUGGCGGGCCCGGCGGCUCUCACUGUCCAGGUCCCUGGUGCUUAAUCGCCUGCGUCCAGCUACCACUGGGGGAGGGAAAGCACAGCAUGGCUCCCCUCGGUGGUUGAACAAAGGCUACCGCUGCAUUGGAGGGGUCCUCUACAAAGUGUCUGCCAACAAGCUCUCCAAGACCUGCAGCCGGCCCAGCGACGGGAGCAGCAGGCCCCUCCUCCGCACAGGCCGGUUGGACACUGCAAGCAGCUGUAGCCGUUCCCUGGCCAGCCGGGCUGUCCAGCGCAGCCUGGCCAUCAUCCGGCAGGCGCGGCAGAAAAAGGAGAAGAAGAAGGAGUACUGCAUGUACUACAACCGCUUUGGCAGGUGCAACCGGGGCGAGCACUGCCCCUACAUCCAUGACCCUGAGAAGGUGGCUGUGUGCACCAGGUUCCUCCGGGGCACAUGCAAGAAGACAGAUGGGACCUGCCCCUUCUCCCACCACGUGUCCAAGGAGAAGAUGCCCGUGUGCUCCUACUUCCUGAAGGGGAUCUGCAGCAACAGCAACUGUCCCUACAGCCACGUCUAUGUGUCCCGGAAGGCCGAGGUCUGCAAUGAUUUCCUUAAAGGCUACUGCCCCCUCGGUGCGAAGUGCAAGAAGAAGCACACACUACUGUGCCCCGACUUCGCCCGCAGGGGCACGUGUCCCCGUGGUGCCCAGUGCCAGCUGCUCCACCGCAACCAGAAACGCCAUGGCCAGCAGGCAGCUGUAUCCUCUGCCCCAGACCCCAGCAACGCCCCGCUCAGGAGCAGGGCCUUGGCCAGCCACGGGCCCAGGAAGCCCUCAGCCCAGCAGCCCACCAGACAGACGCCCAGCUCCCCCCACUCCGUGGCUGCUGCCCCGGCCUCCCGCCCCUCCUCCCCAGGGGUGUCCGCUUCAGCCUCAGCCUCUCCCUUGUCAUCAAAGGCCUCCCUCUCCCCCUCCCCUUCCUGCCCCUCUUCCUCCUCAGACCAGGAGGAGCCAUCUCUCCAGGAGGAGGCCCCCUCGGCAGCAGCGGUGACAGGCUCCAGCAGCCUCUGCAAGCUGCCUUCCUUCAUCUCCCUGCAGUCCUCGCCGAGCCCAGGAGGCCAGACCAGGGCCAGGACCCCCAGGAACCCCCCGACUAAGGACUCAGGAGAACUGCCCAAGGGGGAUGUGGUCAUGGAGGGGGCUGCGGAAACCGGCUGCAGCCUGCAGGGCAGACAUCCCAGAGCUGAGGCCAGCUGCCUAUGGAUGGGCCACUGUGUCCACUGCAGGCGGGCCUCCCAGCAAGCCCGGUGCCAGCUGGCCUCACCCAUGAGUGUGCUGCCCUCAGCCACCCUGGUGCUGACAGACAGCGCCUGA